UAUACCGUACGAGCGACACUGUGUUUCUGUUGAGGUUUUGUGAUUACAUCUCAUAAGUUACGUUACAAACUACAAUGAAUCCGUUAACAAAUGUAAGGAACAUCAACAAGUUAAACGAGACAGAAAUAAAGCUAGGUAUAUCAGGGAAGAACUCGUGGCACAACCAGUAUAAAGACAGUGCUUGGAUCUUUAUUGGUGGACUACCGUAUGAUCUGACUGAAGGGGAUAUUAUAUGUGUGUUUUCCCAGUAUGGUGAAAUAGCGAACAUAAAUCUGGUACGUGACAAGAAGACCGGAAAAACAAAAGGCUUCUGUUUUCUUUGUUAUGAAGAUCAACGAAGUACGAUUCUUGCUGUGGACAACUUUAACAGCACAAAGGUAUGCCAUGUUUCAGGAACGUUACCAAUCCAUUUAAUCCCGCUUUUAUUUACGAAAACAUUAUUAUAA